GGUUGUUUCGAAGGUGAUACAGAUACAAGUGAAUAACCGCAAAAAGUGUCGUUGAAAGUGUCUCAAGGAACUAGAUUUUUGUGUAACGUUGUUUCUGUUUCUAUAAAUAUCCCCUCAGACAACUAAAAGGACACAGGACUCCGGCUACACAGCUGAACUGAAAUGGAACAUCCGGGCGUUUACUGUAAAAAGUGCAACAAAACCAUUAAGGGACGGCGAUACAAGUGCAUCGAAUGUGAUGAUUUCGAUCUGUGUCAAUCAUGCGAAUUGGAUUAUCAUUCAGGGCAUAUCCUAAUACGCUUCACACACCCAAUUACACAAACUGAGAACGUAUUCUUGAGCCAUAUUUUAAACCAAAAGCCAAUAAGUAAACCGUUUGUAAUUCAAGGGCUCCACGAUGAAGAACAAUGUAACGGCUGUAAGUGUAGUCCUGUUGACGGUUUUCUUUAUAAAUGCUGUGACUGUACAUUUAACGCUUGUCGUCGAUGUGAGAGGAAUAACCAUAAGUGCGUUACCGGUAGCAAUCAUUUGCUUUUUCGAUUCGCCGAUCCAUUGAGCAUGAACAGAGUAAACCACGAGUUUUGGAUAGACAUUUUACAUAUUAGAAGGAAUAAGCGAAAUCAAGUCGUCCCUGCAAAACCGCCACCAAUAAUUCAGGUUAUUCAUGAAGGUAUUAAAUGUAAUGCUUGUCACUGCGAUCUGAUUGGACGUCGUUACAAAUGCAUUGAUUGCCGAGAGUAUGAUCUGUGCUCAUCCUGUGAGCCUAAUAACAUUCACUUAGGACAUUUACUCGUUCGUGUCGGCGAUACGCAACUUAGGUCAAAGCAAAAACAGAUUUUUGACGAAACUGUCCGAUUAAGGAUGUCGACUAAUCAACAAAGUUACAGAGCGAGAAGUGCCUACUGCGAUAGUUGGAAUAGGAAAGUGGCUUGUGAAAUUUGUGAAGAAUCAAUACGAGGCUACCAUUACGAAUGCCUGGAAUGUGAGAUUGAUUUGUGUUUGAGUUGUCAAUUAAAAGGAUGGCAUUCGAAUCACUUGAUGGUCCGAUUUACUCAGCAUAUGAACCGAAAUCCCGUGAACCAGAAAUUUUAUGAAGCUGUAAAAGAACUGAUGGCUUGUCCUCAACCGCCAGUAUUUAACAAAACAAUAACCGACCCAAAUGACUGUCUAAUAUCAGAGGACGAAGCUACAAGAAAAUUUACAGCGAGCUCCCAAACGCCAGCGAAUCACAAACUUUACGAUGGAAUAUCGGAGGCCGGCAAGCCAAAUGGAUCACUAAAAUCAUACGCCCAGAUACUCCACGAAGCUACAAUGGAAUUUACAGCUAGCUCUCCAAUGUCAGCGAAAAAGAUACUUUACGAAUCAACCACAAGUCUUAACAUGUCAACUGGUUCUCCAAUGUCAGCGAACCAGGCACUUGACGAAGCAAUAACGGAUCCCAAAAUGUCAACUGGCACUCAAGUGUUCACGGACCAAAUCUUUUCCGAAUCUUCAGCAUCGAACCUAUGUUCUUGGUACGAACCAAUAACGGGACCCAAAAUGUCAACUGGCUCUCCAGUGUUUACGGACAAAAUCUUUUCCGAAUCUUUAACUGAUCUAAGGACUUGUUCGGAAGUGUCAUUAAACCAGGCACUUAACAAAGCAAUAACAGAACCCAAAAUGUCAACUGACUCUCCAGUGUUUACCGACCAAAUCUCAUCGAACCGAAGUUUAUGGUACGAAGCAUUAAUGGCACACAAAAUGUCAACUGGCCCUCCAGUGUUUACGGACAAAAUCUUUUCCGAAUCUUUAACUGAUCUAAGGACUUGUUCGGAAGUGUCAUUGAACCAGGCACUUAACGAAACAAUAACGGAACCCAAAAUGUCAACUGGCUCUCCAGUGUUCACGGACCAAAUCUUUUCCGGAUCUUCAGCAUCGAGGUACGAACCAAUAACGGGACCCAAAAUGUCAACUGGCUCUCCAGUGUUUACGGACAAAAUAUUUUCCGAAUCUUUAACAGAUCUAAGGAUUUGUUCGGAAGUGUCAUUGAACCAGGCACUUAACAAAGCAAUAACGGAACCCAAAAUGUCAACUGACUCUCCAGUGUUUACGGACCAAAUCUCAUCGAACCAAAGUUUCUGGUACGAAGCAUUAAUGGCACACAAAAUGUCAACUGGCCCUCCAGUGUUUACGGACAAACUCUUCUCCGAAUCUUUAACUGAUCUAAGGACUUGUUCGGAAGUGUCAUUGAACCAGGCACUUAACGAAGCAAUAACGGAACCCAAAAUGUCAACUGGCUCUCCAGUGUUUACGGACCAAAUCUCAUCGAACCAAAGUUUCUGGUACGAAGCAUUAAUGGCACACAAAAUGUCAACUGGCCCUCCAGUGUCUACGGACAAAAUCUUCUCCGAAUCUUUAACUGAUCUAAGGACAUGUUCGGAAGUGUCAUUGAACCAGUCACUUAACAAAGCAAUAACGAAACCCCAAAUGUCAACUUGCUCUCCAGUGUUUACGGACCAAAUCUCAUCGCACCAAAGUUUCUGGGACGAAGCAUUAAUGGCACACAAAAUGUCAACUGGCCCUCCAGUGUUUACGGACAAAAUCUUCUCCGAAUCUUUAACAGAUCUAAGGACUUGUUCGGAAGUGUCAUUGAACCAGGCACUUAACAAAGCAAUAACGGAACCCCAAAUGUCAACUGGCUAUCCAGUGUUUACGGACCAAAUCUCAUCGAACCAAAGUUUCUGGGACGAAGCAUUAAUGGCACACAAAAUGUCAACUGGCCCUCCAGUGUUUACGGACAAAAUCUUUUCCGAAUCUUUAACAGAUCUAAGGACUUGUUAUAAAGAGUCAUCGAAACAGGCACUUAACGAAGCAAUAACGGAACCCAAAAUGUCAACUGGCUCUCCAGUGUUUACGGACAAAAUCUUUUCCGAAUCUUUAACAGAUCUAAGGACUUGUUCUAAGUGGUCAUCGCAAAGGUCAUCGAACCAGACACUUGGAAAAUCAAUAACGGAGCACAGCAUGUCAACUUCCCUUACAAAGUUAGCAAAUCUCACACUUGCCGAAUCUACAACAGAUCUUACGACUGACGCUCCAGUGCCAGCGAACCACAUCAUUUCUGAAGAAACUGGAUCCGACAAAACACGAAGCCCUCCAACCUCGCCGAACCAGACACUUAACGAAGCAGAAACGGAACUCAAGGUGUCAAGUUGUCAGCAAAUGUCGCGAACAUCGAGUCGAACGAAUUUGAUGGGUAAAAAAAGAGGUAAGGCCAAGAGUAAAAAACAAUUCACAUCCUUCGUUGGUGUCAUCAACAACAAUGAUCGAAUCGCCCAAGAACGAACAGUUCCGAAAUGCGUGUUAUGCCAGGAGAAGCCCUGCGAUAUAAUUUUGCUAAAUUGUGGUCAUCUUUGCAUUUGCACCGACUGCAUUGAUAAUUACAAGAAAAUGUCACGCCAAUGUCCUGUGUGUAAAUUUCCGAUAAGAUCUACACAUCGAGCUUAUUUUUGAAGGAAAAUAUUUUGUUCGGAAUUUUUUUUUGUUAAGAUAAAAACCGAUAUUUCUAUCCGUUACGAUGAGACGAUUUUGUAAUGUUUGGGAUAUUCGAAUUUUAAAUGAAACUUUGUAUCGAUAGAAAUAUGAUUUAUUUUUUGUAUAGAAUUUUAUUUACAAAAUCAUUGUGUACUAUAUGUGAUCCUUUGAAUAAAUGGACAAUCAAUCUAUCAA